AUGUCUCCCCAGCUCAAUGAUCCUGCAGGCCCUGAAGGUGAUCCUGAUGAGAUCUUUACAGUGAUAAAGGAAGGUAAUGAGGAGGCCCUAAUAAGGUUAGCUGAGCAACCAGGAGCCAUGUCCAGAGUAGACGACAGAGGAUGGAUCCCGUUACAUGAGGCCGCAGUGCAGGAGAAGAAAAGUAUACUGGAGAUUGUCUUCUCAGCUUCCCCCCAGGGUGCAGAGCAGUGCCGGACUCUGAAAGGAGAGACACCUCUCUUCCUGGCUGUAGUGUGCGGCCUGAGGGAAAACGCUACGUUCCUGCUUCAGAAUGGAUGCUGUCCAGACCUCCAGAACGAUGACGAGGAAUCUCCACUUGUGGCAGCUAUAGUAAAUGACCAAUAUGAUUGUGCCUCGCUCCUGCUUCGCUGCAAUGCCAAGGUGGACCAAACAGGAGAUCUGGAGCGGACUGCCCUCCAUGAGGCAUCCCUCCUGGGUCUGGACAAUUUUGUUAACCUGCUACUGCAGUCCGGAGCCGACCCAAACGCAAGGGAUGUUGACAAGCUGACCCCACUGGCACUGGCUGCAGAGACAGGGCACCUUAACGUAGUGGAGGUCCUGCUACAGAAAGGAGCCAGCGUGCAGUCUCAGACAGAGGGCUCUGUGCUGUUUGAGGCGGUUGCAUCAGGUAAUCCUGACAUCAUCUCUCUGCUGCUGGACUAUGGGGCAGACCCCGACAUGCCCAACCACAGUGGGCACCUACCCAUCCACCGUGCUGCAUACCACGGGCAUCUGUUGGUGUUGGAACGGUUGAUCUCAGCAACAAAUAUGGAGGCAGUGAAGAAGAGUGGUAUGAGUCCCCUUCACUCUGCUGCUGCUGGGGGACACACCCAGUGCCUGGAGGUCCUUCUCAAUGCAGGCUACGACCCCAACUUCAUGCUGCACCCACGCGUGCGCAAUAAAUACGAUGACGAACGCAGGUCGGCUCUUUACUUUGCUGUAUCGAACAACGAUGUCCAGUCCACCCGUCUGUUGCUGGAGGCUGAGGCCAUGGUCAACCAGGACCCUGUCAACUGUCUACAAGUGGCUCUGCGGCUGGGCAACUAUGAGCUUAUAAACACUCUGCUGAGGUACGGUGCUAACGCCAGCUACUAUUCUCGUGUCAAAACAACACACUUCCCAUCAGCACUGCAGUAUGCGCUGAAAGAUGAGGUCAUGCUGAGGAUGCUUCUCAACCAUGGAUACGAUGUACAGCGCUGCUUUGACUGUCCCUAUGGAGACAGUUCCCAUGACUACGCACCCUGGACGACCUCGGUCACCAAAGACAUGGUGUUCUGUGAGGUGAUAACAGUCAAGUGGCUGAAACACAUCUCGGCACAGGUAGUGCGCAUCAUGCUGGACUACACAGACCACGUCACCCUCUGUGUCAAACUCAAGGAAUGCCUGAAGACACAGAAACAGUGGCCUGAGAUAUGCCAUAUCCAAGAGAAUGUGCGCAGCCUGAAGCACCUGUGUCGGCUGCGUAUACGGGACUGCCUGAGCCGUCUGCGUCUGCGAUCCCCAGCCUUCAUCAGCUUCAUUCCUCUCCCCACCAGGCUUAAGGACUACCUCCGAUACAGAGAGUACGACAUCUACAGCAGGGGCAGCCCUGAUUGAUCAUAACAUAAUGGCACUCUCUAAGAAAGUUCCAGUUCCUUAUCAGUUUGUCUGGACCUUGUUUACUUUUGUAAGUGUGUGUCUCUUUAGUUCCUACUCGAGGAUCAACAACAAGCAAUAUUCUCUCCCUUUUUUCCUACUCUGAAUGCAUGUUAUGUCAUAGGCAGCACAAUGUGUGUUGCUCCUAGGUUGAGCAUUGUGGGUCACUGAACCAACUGGGA